AUGGAGAAGUACCAUUUCGCGGAAGAGAUUAAGAACAUUGUGGCCUAUGAGGGUUCGGAUCGCGUCGAGAGGCACGAGCGGGCCGAUCAGUGGCCAAGGCAGCUGGGGAGAGCUGGGUUCCAGGCGGUGGGGUUCGUUCAAGUGUAUGAGUCAAGCGAGGAUGAUGCUCUCGGUUUACGGGUGCGAUGGGUAUACUCUGGCCUGGCGAGCGAGAAAGGUUUCUUGCUUUUGGGUUGGAAAGGUAGCCCGAUUAUGCUGGCUUCAGCUUGGCAAGUUCAUCCUCAUACUGCUUCUUCAGCUGGUUCUUCCUUCGUUCGGGUCUCUGUCAUGUCGAAAAACUGA